AUGUCCUUGCUACGAGUUCUGCUCAUACCCGAUACAAGUCCUGGUUGUAUCACUACUACAAGUCCUAGUUGUGCCUCUGCCACAAGAACUGGUCAUGCUCCUGCUAUAAGUACUGGUUGUACCCCCACCACAAGUCUUG